GUGCGCAACACACACUCAACCUAUGGAUAUUGACUUGGGCCCCUACUUUCAGAACAUAUUCACAACAGAUACACUUGAUGAAGACAUUUAUGAUUUAGGGCCAUAUUUUUCACAAAUUUUUUCGACAGACACACUCACCACUAUCACACCUUCUCCUGAGCCCGCCUCUCAAGCAAGAUUUGCACCCGGCCACUUUAACUCUAAUUUAAUUUUAUUUCUCAUGGAACGUGAUCAAAGUCCUAGUGAUAUCGACACUGAACUUGAAUACUUCAAUCGGGGAAACCAAGCACUUACACCAUUAGCAACACUUAUUUGGGCUGCCAUGGCGACAAAUCGCCCCUCGACACCCACACCUGAAAAUGAUCCACACACACUCUACUCAGAAGUUGAUGCGCCAGACGUCCCGCCUCCCAUUCAUAUUGACGAACCCAUGACGUUUACACUUCCACCUGCCCAAGAUCUGGGGUUUGUAGAGAGUGAUGAUGAUGAAGACGAUUUUGUGCCACCAAACUGGGAUCCUGCCAUUGAAGAGAUGGAAUUCCAUGCACCUAUACAUGCCUCACGGGACACCACCACUGCUUUUGUACCCGAGGAACAAAACCAAAUGCGUAGAGUUGGUCUGAUUGCUUUUAAAAAGAUUAACUACCCGGCGCUUUAUUACAGCACCGAGGAAAACCGAUUGAAAACAUUUGACGGUAGGUGGCCUUCAAACGCGAAGGUCACACCUGAAGCAUUAGCAAAAGCCGGUUUCUACGCUUACGGGGAGGGGGACAAAACCAUUUGUCACUAUUGUGGAUUAGGCUUAUGUAACUGGGAGGAAGACUAUGAGCCAUUUGUAGAGCAUGCACUUUUUAACCCUCACUGUAAUUUCCUCAUUUUGAUCAAAGGCAGGGAAUUCAUUUAUGAUGUGUAUAAAACAAUCGUCACAUUCCCUGAAAGAACAUCUGUCAAUUUACCUGAACACAUGAAAGGCGUUAUCAAAAAACAUGAACCACAAGAAACACAAGACAAAGAAAAAUGCGACACGGAUAAGGGGAAAUGUGUUAUUUGUACAGAAAACGACGCUAACGUCGUAGCCCUACCAUGUGCACACCUGGUCACUUGUG